AUUUUCCUUUCAUAUUUCGAAGUAUCUCAUUCAAGUUUCGUCGAUUACGUUAAUUGGUUCAUUGAAGAAUACUUCGUAUUGGUAAAUGAUUGUUUAGAAAAUUGUUCGGUAACGUAUUUUAUCUCGUAUUCAACAUAUCAAUAAGUUUUGGCCUAAAUGUACAUAAAUGUAGCAUAUUUUACGUACAUAUCAUGUUUGAUUUGUUUGUUUCCUAUCGUUUGCUUAAGCGAUGGUCCAGCAUCGAAUAGUUCUGCCAAAAAUGUCACUUCAGAUGUAACAAAUGCAAAGAUUCUAGUCACAACACCUUCGGUGGUUCCCACGACAUCCCGAAUACCUAAUCAGACUACAAAAAAUGAUGCGAAAAGUACGAGAGAGGAUGUCGAAGAUACCAAGAAAGUCGAAUCGAUUAAGAAAAUGAACCUGAUAAAAGGCAGUAAAGUGAAAACAACUCCAGCAAGUAAUUCAAACAUCGCAACAUACCGGUUAAAUAGCGAGGAAGAUGGUACAACGUGUAUUUUGAUGACUGUUGAUGCGUUGAUCAGCUUUUUAUACACGACGAAACUGAAAGAACAAGAGGAAAGUGACGCAUUUGUUCCUGAUAAAGUUGAGGUAGCUGGAGACUGCAGUAAUGCAGAUGAUGCAGUUCUAGUUAUAAAAUGGAAAACGUUCGAAUUAACGUUCAGAUUUGAAAAAACUCCGGGUGGUGAAAGAUGGUUCGUUAAUCGUGUCCAAUUGACUUUCAACACGAAAGAAUCCGUAUUCAAGCAUAUUAACCAUCCUAAUGCUGUGAUAAAUGCCCAAACUCCCGAAGGAGACUUACUCUUAGUCACGCCAGUAGGUAGAUCAUUCAAAUGCCAUCGUGAAAUAGAAAUUAAUUUAUUCGAUCCAGCGUUUCAAGAUCUUAAAGUUAAGCUCCUCCUGAGAGAAUUAACCAUCGAACCUUUCAUCUUCAAGAACAACGAUUUCGGACCAGAAUACCUCUGUGCUGAAGGAGGAGCUGGCUCAUUCCGCAGCGAAACAGCACCAUUUGUGUUUGGAAGUUUACUAACUGUAUCUGCAUUAUUUACCGUCGCAGGUUAUUCCAUCUAUCGUUAUUUGAAAGUGAAUAAAGUUCAAUACGAUACGAUGCAGUAAGCGGGUUCGACCUACAGAUGUGUUAAUUGGGAUUGUUUUUAAAAAAAUAACGUUUACGGGUUUGACUCUUGUUUUUCGUUUCGUUGGUUUUCAUUUCAAUUUUUUUCUUUAUUUUUUAAUUAUCCUUACAGCAUUUUAUUUGCUAUACUUCCCUGAUUUUAAUGAUCUCCAAUUUAUUGCUUUAUAUUUGCAUUUUUACGAAAAAUUGUGAUAAGUGUUGUUUUUUCCUAGUCUUUGUUGCUUCGUAUGGGUUUUAAAUUGACCGACAUUACAUAUGAUUUGCGUUUGCGUAGCUUUUGACUCAUUCAGUUUGUUAUAAUUUUCAUUUCAUUUCUACUAUUCGCUGUCUUGGCCCGUAUUUUUUAUUUGCUUCUUUAUUUCAAUUUUAUUUUUUUGUUUUUUCCUUCGAAUGGUGCUUUGGUUGUAUUAUGGUUUUGUUUGUUUGUUGAGUCGUUUAUUUGUUGGUCUUCGAAGAAGACUUUAAUGGUUAUCACAUUGUUCUUCCCAUCUUACCCCUUUAAAUUAAUCAAUCAAUCUCUCAACAAUCAAAAUGUUGCUAAAAUAAUAAUUAUUUUUAUGGGUGAAAAAAAAUCAAAGCAGUAGCUUUGAUUGUAAUUUUAUCUACUUGAAUAACUAAACUUAUCGAUCCAGUCUUACAUUCUUAUCCUUCAGCUUAUAAAUUAUUUAUUCUAUUUUAUUCGUUUUUAAACAUUUUCUCGAAUCGUAUUCUUGCGUCUAAAAUUCAUUUACUUACGAGUAUAUAAUUUUUUUUCAACUUGAUUUUUUCCAAAAUGUUAAUUGCACUCAGUGUUGUUCUCUUCUCCUCUCAUUGAAAAACAGUACUUUAUUCACUCUAAUCACGACUUAUCUUGAUUCAUUUUGGCAUUGAUUGUAAAAGUAACUAUUAAGUAAUUGAGUAAUCCUUUUUUUUUCAAUAACUUUUUUUAUGCCCGAAUGCACCUGAAUAAUUUAUGCAAUUUUUUUCUGUAAAUAAAAAGAAAAUGUUUUAGUAAAUGAUUCAUACUCUGAAGAAAAAAAAUAGUAAAAACAUAAAUUGUGUUAAAAAAUCAGCAAAAUAUGAUUCAAAAAAAAAUUUGAAUAAAAAUGAAAAAAAAAUGAUCUUUUAUUAGUAUUGACGCAGAAAUUAUGUAAGUUUUUUUAAUCAUAAUAAGUAAUAAUUAUAAUCAUUUUUUACGAAGAAUAGUCACGUCAGCGUUGCAUAAUCAAUUUCUUAAUGGAUUUUGUGGGUAAUACAUAUUAAAUUAGUCUAUCUAUUAUUAGGUUUCAAAGGAGAAAAAAAUCUAUAAUUUUGUAGAAACAAAAAUUUUUAAAAAUCAUGAUAAAUUAUCUGGUUUUUGAAAAAAUAAAUUAUUUCUUUUCAAUUUUAAAUUGAUGUAACUAUUUUAAUUUUUUCCUCGCUCACUAUGAUCAAAUUUUUAUUUUAUUAUUAAUUUUUUUUUUUUAUAUCGAACAAAAUUCAUCAAAGGUUUAUACCAAAUAUCGAAUUUUACCAAAAUUAAACUAUAAACUAGUCAAUAUAUUGUUUUAGUAAGAUUAUACAUUAUAAUUAAAUCACAUAUCUGUUAAUUUUUAUAGAAACCUUAACAGCAAUAAAUUUUCUCUCAUACACCAUCAAAUUUGAAUUCCACCCCCUCCUCCCCUGUAAGCCAAUUAAGACAAAUUCAAUAAUUGUGAUACAGAGGUCUCUCUAUAUUAUUUAUGGUGUAGUGAUUCUCAUUUUAUUCCUAUUUCCUAUUUUAUUAUAGAUUCUUUUCUAACAUAUCGUUACAAACGUAUGUGUAUUGCUUACUCAUUCCAAAAAAAGACAAGCAUAUGGUCGAGAAAUUGAAAAAAUAUAUAUUUUAUUCGUCAAUUAUUGUGUAAGAGGUAGUGUAAAGUUACGUAUCCCCCUGGCCCUCUUUCUUCUUUAUUACCCUGCCCCCUUUUUCAAGUCUAUGAUCUUGAUUUUACCCGCUAGUCUAGUUUUGAAAAUAAAAAAAAUAAGGCAUUUAUUAAUUGUUAUAUUUUUUUCGCUUUUAUUUAGUGUUCUUUAUUAUAAAGUUGUAACUUAUUAUUUUAAUCCUAAAAAGAAAAAUUUUAAAAAUACAAUGAUUUAACGCGUA